UCUGCCUCCAGCUGUGGCCCAGAACCUGCCUAUGGAGAGUCACAGAGCCCCCAGCCCACUGGGACACAGUGCUGGGCAUCCAGGACAUGGGAGGGAAAUGGUGGCCUGGAGCCACCUGCUGCUCACCUUGGUGGGGCUGCUCUGCCUCGGGUCUGGCCUUGCUGAGGAGUGCACCAAGUACAAGGUCAGCACCUGCCGGGACUGCAUCCAGUCGGGGCCAGGCUGCGCCUGGUGCCAGAAGCUGAACGUCACUUGGCUGAGAGACCCUGACUCUAUUCACUGUGACACGCGGGAGCAGCUGCUAAUGAGGGGCUGUGCAUCUGACGACAUUGUGGACCCCAAGAGCCUUGCUAAAGCCCAGGAAGACCUGGAGCGGGGUCAGAAACAGCUGUCUCCACAAAAAGUGACGCUUUACCUGCGACCAGGUCAGGCGGCUGUGUUCAACGUGACCUUUCGGCGGGUCAAGGGCUACCCCAUCGACCUGUACUACCUGAUGGACCUCUCUUCACCCAUGCUGGAUGACCUCAUUAAAGUCAAGAAGCUGGGCGGUGACCUGCUCCGGGCCCUCAAUGAGAUCACGGAGUCCGGCCGCAUUGGCUUCGGGUCCUUGGUAAACAAGACCUUCAGGCAUGUGCUGAAGCUGACCGACAAUGCCAACCAGUUCCAGACGGAGGUCGGGAAGCAGCUGAUCUCUGGACACCUGGACACUCCCGAGGGUGGGCUGGAUGCCAUGAUGCAGGUCGCGGCCUGCCCGGAGGAAAUCGGCUGGCGCAAUGUCACACAGCUGCUGGUGUUUGCCACGGACGACGGCUUCCACUUUGCGGGUGAUGGGAAGCUUGGUGCCAUCCUGACUCCCAACGACGGCCGCUGUCACCUGGAGGACAACAUGUACAAAAGCAGCAACGAAUUUGACUACCCGUCAGUGGGCCAGCUGGCGCACAAACUGGCCGAAAGCAACAUCCAGCCCAUCUUUGCCGUGACCAAGAGGAUGGUGAAGACCUACGAGAAACUCACCGAGAUCCUCCCCAAGUCAGCCGUCGGGGAGCUGUCCGAGGACUUUGGCAACAUGGUCCAGCUCAUCAAGAAUGCCUAUAAUAAACUCUCCUCCAGGGUCUUCCUGGAUCACAGCACCCUCCCCGACACCCUGAAAGUCACCUACGACUCCUUCUGCAGCAAUGGAAUGUCACACACUGGCCAACCCAGAGGGGACUGUGAUGGCGUGCAGAUCGGUGUCCCGAUCACCUUCCAGGUGAAGGUCACGGCCACAGAGUGCAUCCAGGAGCAGUCAUUUGUCAUCCGUCCUCUGGGCUUCACAGACACAGUGACUGUUCAGGUCCUUCCCCAGUGUGAGUGUCAGUGCCGGGACCAGAGCCGGGACCGCAGCCUCUGCCAUGACAAAGGCUCCUUGGAGUGUGGUGUCUGCAGGUGCGACGCUGGCUACAUCGGGAAAAGCUGUGAGUGCCAGACGCAGGGCCGGAGCAGCCAGGAGCUGGAAGGAAGCUGCCGGAAGGACAACAACUCCAUCGUCUGCUCGGGGCUGGGGGACUGCAUCUGCGGACAGUGCGUGUGCCACACCAGCGACGUCCCCAACAAGCAGAUCUACGGGCGGUACUGCGAGUGUGACAACGUCAACUGCGAGCGCUACGACGGCCAAGUCUGCGGAGGCCCAAAGAGAGGGCUCUGCUUCUGUGGCACGUGCAACUGCCAGAUCGGCUACGAGGGCUCGGCCUGCCAGUGCCAGAAGAGCACGGACGGCUGCCUGAACCAGCGGGGCGUGGAGUGCAGCGGCCGGGGCCGGUGUCGCUGCAACGCUUGCGAGUGCGACCCGGGCUACCAGCCGCCCCUGUGCCAGGAGUGCCAGGGCUGCAACUUCACCUGCAGCAACCACACCUUCUGUGCAGAGUGUCUGCAGUUCAACACGGGCCCCUUCAAGAAGAACUGUAGGGCAGCGUGCAGGGGCCUACAGCUGCGGGAGGAGCCCCUGAGCUGGAGGACGUGCAAGGAGCAGGACUCGGAGGGCUGCUGGAUGACCUACACGAUGAGUCAGCGGGACGGGUGGGACCAGUAUGACAUCCAUGUGGAGAAAACCCGAGAGUGUGUGGCCAACACUGCCACUAUCCUAGGGGGCACCAUGGUGGAGGUUGUGCUCAUCAGUGUCCUGCUGCUGGUCAUCUGGAAGGCCCUGACCCACCCAAGUGACCUCCAAAAGUCUAAGGACUUUCAAGGAGUAACUCAAGUCCCAGUGGAACAAUGAUAACCCCCUUUUCAAGAGCACCACAACCAUGGUCGUGAUAAGUUUGCAGAGAGUAAGAAGCCAAUCAGCAGGACCUAUCCCCACCACCACAUUUCCCAAUCACACGACCAAGAUGCUCACAGCUCUAGACGAUGCCACAAAUUAACCAAAAGUCCACUGCUUUUUUUUUUUUUUGUCUUCAACCUGACAGAUAAGGGCAGGUAUUUAUAUGGACCCCCCCAGGAGGAACAGCUCCCCCUUCUGACAUGCACGGACCUUUCCACAGGUUGGGGGGGAUUGCUUAAGUCUUGGGAGGCUGGAUCCAGGAUUUUCUGUAAGUUAGGUGAUCAGUCUGAUUAAAGACGGCGCAAGUUUUAUAUUUAAACGUUAUCGGGCACAGAUUUGACACCUGAAGGGGGAGUACUGCACAGGUAAAGGGAAGUAUGCAUGGGGUCCUCUUGUGUCUGGUUGGCUAACACCAACCUACACAUGAUGCCAAAAAGAGUAACUAACUUUUGAGGAAAGAACAAUUUCCAGGUGGUUAAGUCAGACGAUUUCCAGCCCAUGCAGAGGUCCAGGAAUCCCUCUCGUUCCCUCUGGCCAGUGUGGAGUGACUUCACUGAACACUGGGAGGGCACUCACCAGGACUCUGGGGGGCCAUGCCUUAGACACAGGACUAAAUCACCCUCGGGAGAGGCUGCUGCAGACCUACCCCCAUGCAACUGAAAACUGAAAACAAACCUGAGAAGGAUCAAACUAAUCCACAAGUGGACUACAGGAAUAUAGUUAUACUCAGCACUCAACAGUGAAGACAUCACAGUGACAGGCACCCAGCCAAAAACCUACUAGACAAGCUGGGCACAGUGGUUCACGCCUGUGCUCCUAAGAGUUUGGGAGGCCAAGGCAGGAAGAUUGCUUGAGCCCAGGGAGAUCAGCUUAGACAG